AUGGAGCUGAACCUCGACGGACUGGGCAACCUCCACCAAGCCGGGGAGCUCUUGAGCCCCGCCGGGGCGCACGCAAGGCAGCCGCCGCCUCCCCCGCCGCCGCCUCCCCCGCCGCCGCCGUCGACGCACCGCAACUUGGUCUCCUCGCACGGGCGGCCGGCCAUGGUCUCGAGCAUGGCGUCCAUCCUGGACGGGGCGGGCGACUACCGGGCCGAGCACAGCUUGGGCGCCCCGCUGCACCCGGCCAUGAGCAUGGCCUGCGAGUCGCCCUCGGGCAUGAGCACUUACACCACGCUGACGCCGCUGCAGCACCUGCCGCCUAUCUCCACCGUCUCGGAGAAGUUUCCCCACCCGCACCACCACCACCACCACCACCAUCACCACCACCACGCGCCGCACCAGCGCCUGGCCGGCAACGUCAGCGGCAGCUUCGCCCUCAUGCGCGAGGAGCGCAGCCUGGCCGCCUCCAUGGGCAACCUCUACGGCCACUACCCCAAAGACAUGCCCGCCAUGGGGCAGCCCCUCUCGCCCCUCGCCAACGGGCUGGGCGGCCUCCACAACGGGCAGCAGUCCCUGGCCCCCUACGGGCCCGGCGGCCACCUGGCCGGCGACAAGCUGCUCUCGCCCAACGGCUUCGAACCUCACCUCCUCUCCCGCAGCGAGGAGCACCUGGCCCGGGGGCUGGGCGCGCCGGGCGCCGGCAUGAUGCCCGCCCUCAACGGCCUGCACCCGCACGCCCACCCGCACGGCCAGGCCAACGGCUCGCUGCUGGCCGAGCGGGAGCGGCAGGGCUCGGGCUCGGCGGCGGGCGGCGGCGGCGGCGGGGCCGGCCAGGUGGAGGAGAUCAACACCAAGGAGGUGGCGCAGCGCAUCACGGCCGAGCUGAAGCGCUACAGCAUCCCGCAGGCCAUCUUCGCCCAGCGGAUCUUGUGCCGCUCGCAGGGCACCCUCUCCGACCUGCUGCGGAACCCCAAGCCCUGGAGUAAACUCAAGUCCGGCCGGGAGACCUUCCGCAGGAUGUGGAAAUGGCUGCAGGAACCCGAAUUCCAGCGCAUGUCCGCCCUGAGGCUGGCCGCUUGCAAACGUAAAGAGCAGGAGCAACAGAAGGACAGGAAUCUGCAACCCAAGAAGCAGCGCCUGGUCUUCACCGACCUCCAGCGCCGCACCCUGAUUGCCAUCUUCAAAGAGAACAAGCGACCUUCGAAGGAGAUGCAAAUGACCAUUUCACAGCAGCUGGGCCUGGAGCUCAACACCGUCAGCAACUUCUUCAUGAAUGCUCGCCGGCGGUGCAUGAACCGUUGGCAAGAGGAGCCAGGCACCAACCCUGGAGUCCCAUCUUCAUCAACGAGCACUUUUUCCAAAGCAUGAUUCCCUUUUUCAUCAUCUAUCAUCCCGCGCAUCCCCCUGAACUCCACACAGAAAAGAACUCAUUCCCUUCUCCAUGUGUGCUCCUCUCACCUGCAUACACAUACAUGUUGAGUGAUGGCCACGCAUUGUGCCCACUUCACAACCCUCCAGACGGGAUGCCUCUGGGAUAUCCCAGGUCUUCCAGAGGCAUCCCAUGGCAGCAUCCGGCUUCAGCCUCCAUUCAAACUUUACAGCUUGUGGAGGGCCAUUUCAUCACCUCAUCUGGUGAGCAACCCCCCAAACCUUGGGAUUAGCUGAGGGAUGUCUGCCUUCCUGUAGUCCCAGCAGGAGAGUAUUAUAUUGUUCCGAUGACAGAGGGAUGGGGUGUAAGAAGCAGCUUAAUAGCCGAUGUUCUCAAGACAGUUGAUUUGGAAGUUGUAAUUGUGGGAACAAAAUACUGAUCCCAGAUGUCCUGGCUAUCUCAGGAGCAAGUGUGUGGUGUAUGCCUUAAAAACAGCCCAGCACUGGAAAAUUGAAGGGAGGGCCAGAACCAGGUAACUUAUUAACUUGUUAAGCUGAUUCAGCUCACUGAGAUGUGUUGAUAUGUACCUGCCCACCUGAUUGGACUUCCUCUAAUUCCUGGGUUUUAAAUCCCAGACUUUUGAAAAUGAAAAUGAGUUCAUUUUCCCUACUGGGGUUGUGUUUCACCACUGAGAUAGAAGUGAAUUGUGGGGUACUUCUAGGACUCGUACCAGGCCUGUAAUAUCCAAUUAUGUAUCCCCUCCCUAUUUCAAAGAAAGGUCGUUUAUUGCGAAGCUGAUAAUGACCUGCUUCUGAUACGGGAAAAGGCAUGGGAGAGGGUUACAUGGGAAUAAUUUAUCCUUUCUACGGAGACAAGCAGCGAUCAUUUAUCAUAAAAUGAGAGUCAGCGAUGGCACGUGUGAAUGCGGUUAGGGGAGUUACUCAGUUUGCAAGCCGAGGAUGCAUAUUGGCCCUGAGAAAGUUUUUUAAAAAACCAAUCCCACCCACACCAUUCAUCGUAGUAAAGACAGAAAAGCGCAUGAAAAUCCAUUCCAGAAAAACAUCUUCAAAAUGUUAUCAUGUUGUCCUCAUGUACAUUUCCUACAGCUCAGUCCUCUUUUUUCCACAUCCUGUUCUCUACAGAAGGCUUCACACUCCCAGCGGUCCCCAUGAAAAUCCACCAGAAAUCUUGCCAAGCGCAUUACGGCAUGGUCUGAAAUGGACCAAAACCAAAUUCAACUGGAAAGAAGACUUUUUGUUUUUUUUUGAUGAUUCCUCUCAAAGGAAUUCCGAGCCAAAGUCUCAAGGGGGAAAACAAACUGUUACGAAAAACAUCCCCUCUUUUCUCCCUUGAAUUAGUAGUGGGGAAUCCAAAGCUAAGUUGCACUGUGUCACCUAGAAUAAAAGCGGGUCAUGAAGCACAUUUUAGGUACAUAAAUCGGGUAAUUAAAAAAAAAAAGCUUUAAAGUAAUCAAAGCAAAGAAGUGUAGGAGCUGAAUUUUAUUUCCUGGACACUGGAUCGGCAGCUGACCUUCCAUUCAAUAUUGGUUUCAUUCCAAAGGCCAGCCCCAACUUGGAUUGAUUAUUCCCAUCUCCUCCCUCACUCCCUUUUUGCCUCCUAACCCCAUUUUCUGCCUCCUAUACAUAUGUGAAGGCGGCAAGGGGAGACAAAAGAUGAAUCAAUAUUAUACACGAUAAGGAUCAGAUUGGGCAUGUUGGGUUGAGGGGGGGACAGAUUGUGUAUCUGAUUGCUAAACAGAUAGAUGGGCAAGGGGAAGAGCCAAGGAAACUCACACGCAGCCCCUUCCCAGCCCCAGCUCCGUACCCUCCCCCUUGGAAGUAACAAACUACAAAAACUCAAAAGGAAUUCUGGCAACGUACGAAAGAUAAGUGACUAUUUUUUGUGUGUGUGCCAAUUAACAGCUUGCCUUAAAAAUAGAAGAUGGAUACCAGACAGUAGUCCUCUUUCGCUCGGAAAGAAGGACUUCAGUAGUGACCGGUGCCAUGAAUCAGCAGCGUUUGCAAGGCAAAAAAACAAAAAAAGAGAGUGACACGGUCAGCUUAAUGAGAAAUAGCAUCACCAGUUAAACCUCUGUGUCUGGCUGGCAAAGUUGAACCCCCUCCUUUGCCUCGGGAGGCAGCGAAAAGGCGUUUGAGAAGGCGCAGAGGCUGUAGAAUUGCAGCCUUGCCAUCUCCAUGGUAAAUGUGGGAUUCUUUGUAUGUGUGUGUACGUUUGUGUUGUUUCUUUGUUUUUAUUAUUUUUUCAAUGGGACACUAUCAAAUUGAUGCGGGUAAUAGAGUACCAUCUUUGCGCAAUGGUUUAUGCGUUCACUUUAUGUUGAAGACAAUGUGUUAAGCGACCCUUAGGCACCUUCGGGAAUGGAAAAAGAGAGAGAGAGGGAAAAAACCCAGAACCGUCAAAGUUUAUCAUUUGAGCAGAAAAGGAAGAAGAAGAAAAAAAGAAUUAAAAGACUCUGCUAAUAUUUCCUAUCUUCAGCAAAAGAUUUUGUCCCAAUCUCAACUAUUGGGUGCAACCAAUCAGGGUGUGGGAUGGAGUAGGAAGUGAAUUGGACCAACCAAAGAAAACUGAUCUGGAAAAGGGAAAAUAGCAAAUGCUGAGAUAUGUUUUACCAAAACACACACGCACACAGGGGGGGGGAUACAGCAGGAGGACAAGAGCCCCCCAAAUCAUCUCUCUCAGCCCCCAAGCGUCCAUCCCCUUCAAAUCUACCCCACCCAACCGCAUCAUCUUGUCUUGUUGUGAGUUGUCGAUGCUAAAGAAUGAUGGAGGAGGACUCUGGUGGAUUUCCCAUACCUGAUUUUGUGAAGUAUUGAAGGGCUGAGAAGCCUCACUAAAGAAAAAAAAAAAAGAUGAAAUAAAAUGAUGGGGCCUGAACUUAGUAGAAGAACCGAAGGGAGGGGGAGGAAGAAAAGAAAAGGAAUAGUUCUAUCAAAUGAACGACCCCGAACAUGCAAAGACAUUUUUAGUGAGAACCAGAAAAUAUAGGCUACCUCACUUGAGUUUUCGAUUUUUGUGAUUGGAAAAUCACAUCUGAUACCAAAGAUUUUGUUCUCCUUGCCUGGUUUGUGCUGGAACACACCCAUUUGCGCCUCCCCUUUCUCUUCCCCUUGCCACCCACCAUUAAGAGAUAGUUCAUAGUCGCAGACCUUCUCCCAUCCCAUGGCCCCCUGUGCUUUUCAGCCUCCUGAGACAGCGAGCUAGAGAGCGUGAAUGAAACUUGGAGUGAUAGCUGAGUGCCUUUUUCUUGUACAAAAGGUGUAAAACUAUUUUGUUUUCCUUUGUCCCAUAAGUUCAUGUGAUAUUACCUCAGUUCUCUUAAUCAGAUGGAUUCUGGCAACUGUCAUAGCUUUUGGGUGAUGGGACAAAAGCCAUUUUUCCUUUGAUCCCCUGGGCCUCAUCCUCCUC